AUGACUGUGGAGCGAUAUCAGCUCCUGGGGGACUCUUCACUCUAUGUGAAGACUCCCAGCAAGAAGAAGAAGCCCCUGAAGGGGGACUUGGAGCAGAUGAUGGGUGGCCCGACGGAGGUCACCUAUCAAGCUGGUGCUGGAGCAAGAGAGAUUCUGCAGGCCUUAAAAGAAAUGGCCCCUUGCAAAUGUCUCGGAAUUUCCUACUUCGGAAAUGACAUUCUGAGAAGUCCCCUCACAAGUUCACAAGUGAGAACGUGGGAGAAAAUCAUGGAGAUUGCCGAUAAAAAGGCGAAAUACGUAGGCUUCGUGAUCGCCGGCUCGUACCAGCGGUACCAGGACUCGUACCUUGCGCCUCUCCCCAUCUACGAUAAAAAUCUCUGGGACAUCCGGCGCCUUCUUCGUGCCAACGGCUUUAAUGCGACGGCAGGGAGAGACUACGUGGAUACUUGGGCCAUAGCAGACGACAAGGUGCACUUCGCAUCCUCGUCAAAGAAGGAUCUAUGCCGCUUUUGGGCGUUAGCUCUCCGCAGCCUUUGCCCUCGGGAUGAACGCCCACGCUACCCCACCCGCAGCGAGCUAAAGCGGCAGCGUGAGGCCGAGCACACUGGAUGCGAAGAAUCCUUCAAGCGACGACGCACCUCAGACAGCGUGGAGCAGCGGCAUCAGACCUGCCGGGGUGGGGAUAGUUCGCGCCACAGCGGCGGGGACAGGGAGCAGAGCGGGGGCCAGAGACGGUGGUGA